AUGAGGGGAUUUUGUGGAACGGGAAGAAAGGUAAGAACGCAGCUGGUUGGUCGUUUCUGGCGGGAGGAGAGAAACGAGCGGGAGGCUUUCCCGCGCUUCCCGAAGCUUCCCGCCACUGAAGACCGCGGGCUCCGCUCCCGCGGGAGUCAGGCGCCUCUCUCGCCUCGGGGCGGGAAGGGGAAUCCCUCGCUGGGAAAUCCCGAUGACCCGGACGAACCGGUGAUGAACGCACUGACCAAUCCUUUUCUGUGUUUAUUCCCAUCUCGCUUCCCGCCGAGUCUCCUGUGUGGAUGCGUGCUCCGGCCUCGCCGUCUUCAGCGAAGUGUGAGUUCUGACGACUCAGAUAAUAUUAGGGUCGAUCUGGGUCGAUCUGGGUCGACUUGGGUCGAUCUGGGUCGACUUGGGUCGACUUGGGUCGAUCUGGGUCGACUUGGGUCGAUCUGGGUCGACUUGGGUCGACUUGGGUCGAUCUGGGUCGACUUGGGUCGAUCUGGGUCGAUCUGGGUCGACUCGGAUGAUUUGGCUUUCGCUGACUCAAGUUGA